AAGCUACCAAACGACCCCUAAACACUCGUGUCAAUCGUUUGCUAAUUGCAUCCAGAUCUAGCGCACCGCUCUAGAAGGCGCGUAAGAACCAACAUCUUCACCGGUUAACACCAGAUUUAAAAUUGCCGAUUUCCUCUCACUCUCACUCAACCUCCCACCAAACUCGCCGAUCUAUUCUCUCUCAAUUCAUCUCCAUGGCUAGCAGCAUUUCAGUUCAGUGCUUAAUAGAGCUACUAUUACUACUAUCACUACUCUUCAGAUCAGUUGAAUCUUCAAUUCACAUAUAUAAAAGAGAUCCGUUUAGAGAAGUUGGAAAUGCUUACCUUGCUUCCGGUGGAAGUGAAGGAGUCGCUUCCUCUCGAUUUAUUCCUCCACCCCGUCGCGCAUUUCGGUCUACUGCACAUGAUGGACUCUCUUACAUCAGGUUUGACAAUAUCACAUUUUCGAGGAGCAAAGCUGCUGCAGACCAGCAUCCAACUAUGGCAUAUAAUAGUGGGUUGGUUCAAAUCAUAAUAUUUGAGGCGGCAGAUCGUGACAAUAUUGGUGGUUCACCAUAUGGUGGGCAGAGGUCCAUUUGUUGCACCGCUGAUCUUGCUAAACUUGAAGGUUGCAAACAAGGGGAAGUCAUUAGAACACCUUCAGCAACAGAUGCUAAUUGGCCAAUGGUGUUGAAUGUAAACUUUAAAGGAAGGCAGUCAUCAGCCCAAUUGAAGAAGAAGGCGGUGUACAUAAAAAAGACCGGGAUGUAUAACCUCUUCUUCAUCUCAUGUGAUCCUAAGCUUAAGGGAAUGAAGGUAUCUGGCAGGACAGUGUGGAAAAAUCCCAAUGGAUAUUUGCCUGGUCGAAUGUCACCCCUAAUGAGGUUUUAUGCUAUAAUGACCGUAGCAUAUAUACUUCUCGCUGCAAUCUGGUGUCUUCAGUAUGUCAAACACCGCGAGGAUGUUCUGCCGCUCCAGUACUGCAUCACUGGAGUUAUUGCCCUUGGGUUAUUGGAGAUGAUAUUUUGGUAUUUUGAUUAUGCUUAUUUCAACAAUACUGGUACAAGGCCUGUGGGACUCACGACUUGGGUUGUUAUAAUUGGAGCCACAAGGAGAACUGUUUCACGCCUUCUUAUUCUUUGUAUCUCAAUGGGUUAUGGUGUUGUUCGUCCUACCCUUGGUGGUCUUACCACAAAGGUGCUCCUCCUUGGAAUAACUUAUUUUGUGGCAUCUAUACUGCUAAACAUUACCGAAUAUGUUGGUACAAUAAAUGACAUUGCAGGGCGAGCAAGAGUCCUGUUGGUCCUUCCUGAUGCAUUAUUAGAUGCAUUUUUGAUCAUAUGGAUUUUCACUUCUCUUUCAAAGACACUGGAGCAGCUGCAGGCAAAGAGGAGUUCUGUGAAGUUGGAUAUUUACAGACAAUUUUCAAAUGCAUUAGCAAUCACUGUCAUUGCUUCAGUUGCAUGGAUAGGAUAUGAGGUUUAUUUCAAAGCAACAGAUCCCUUCAAUGAGAGGUGGCAGGGAGGUUGGCUCAUCACUGCUUUCUGGGAUAUUCUUGCCUUUGGACUGCUGUGCGUCAUCUGCUACCUAUGGGCACCAUCUCAGAGCUCACAGCGAUAUGCAUACUCUGAUGCAAGGGGUGAAGAUGACGAUGAAGAAACUGAAUCCUUAUGCAAAGAAACUCCAGAAGGUGACAUCGGUCUUAUCAAAAUGGAUAGGAAGGAAGGUAGCGACAGUUCUGAUGUAGAAGAUGAUACACAAGAGGGUAAAAGGGAAUGAUUGGUGAAAUUGUUUGAAAACUUGCUUUACAGAGAUCAAUACCAAGAUGGGGAUCCAGUGAAAGAAUGAUUGGCUCUGCUAAACGCAAACUACACAAAAUUAAUUCAUUGAAUUUAUACGGUUAAGAGUGCUGCACGAGUUUUGACAAACCAUAGAAGAAAAAAUGCGUACAUGGUUUGAAUUGUGUGUUCAUUUGGAAAAUGAAAACUGGAGAUGAGCGAUAUCAUAGUUCGCAUUGUAAUUAAGUAGUAACCAUUUCUCACAUCACAUGUGAACUUCAGAUGUAGUGUUCCAUUUCUGAAAGAAUUGGGGAAAUGCUUUCCAAGGUGGUCUAAUUUGGGGGACCAUCUCAUAGUUAGUGCAGUUUUGUUCAGUGCAUUUUAUCUGAAAGUUAAAGGUGUGAAUCAGUUCAAUGUAGUUUGCUUACAUGCUUGCCUUUUCUUU